AUGCUGAGGAAGGCGAUCGCCGCGUCGGGCGGCCUCGGGAUGAUCGGCGCGGGGGGCGUGUACCUGCUGAAGGUGAACUUUCACAAGAACAUGAUAGACGGCGACGUGGAGUACAAGUACAGCUCGGUGGGCAGCCGCAGCGAAAUGAUAAGCCGCCUGAAGAGGAGCCAAUUUGACGUGUUAAUAAUAGGGGGAGGAGCCACAGGCGGGGGGUUAGCCCUGGACUGCGCCACCAGGGGGAUAAAGUGUGCCCUAAUAGACAAGGGGGAUUUCUCAAGUGGCACCUCCUCCAAAUCAACGAAGCUUUUACAUGGAGGUAUUCGCUACUUAGAAAAUGCGGUAAAAAAUUUAGACCUCACGGAAUUAUAUUUCGUGUGGGAAGCAUUAGGCGAAAGAGCCCAUGCGAUGAAGAUCGCUCCAUUCAUGUCCAGGGCGGUACCGAUUAUCAUGCCGAUUUAUAAAUACUGGCAGGUGCCCUAUUUCGCCUACAACAUAAAGGUGUAUGAUUUAUUGGCAGACUUGGUUUGCUAUUUUGACAAGGGGGUGCCUAACUCAAGUUACAUUAGGCAGUCUAACACGGUGGAUGGAUUUCCCCUGCUGAAGAAGGAGCAACUGAAAGGGUCACUCGUCUACUACGAUGGGCAGCAUAAUGAUAGCCGCAUGAAUUUGAACCUCAUUCUGACGAGCGCGAUGGAAAAUUACGUGCCAGGACAAGUGGGAGCCACUGUGUGCAACCAUGUGGAAGUGGUGGGGUUCUUAAAAGAUGAUGACGGGAGGAAGAUCGUCGGAGUGAGAGCAGUCGACAGGAUCAGCAACAAAGAGAUGGAGAUCUUUGCCAAUGUGAUUGUGAACGCUACGGGACCACAUGGAGAUGUGGUGAGGAAACUAGCAGAUGAGACGGCCACACCUGUUAUACAGACCUCCUCCGGUUGCCAUUUCAUCCUCCCCAAAUGGUACUCCUCCAAAAAUAAUGGAAUCAUCAUACCCAAGACGAGUGACGGGAGGGUCCUCUUUCUGCUGCCUUGGGAAAACGCCACAAUCGUGGGGACCACCGAUGAGCAGAGACAGCUGGAGGAGAACCCGCAGAUUCGGAAGGAGGACACCAACUUUUUGGCCAGCGAGUUGGCCAAGUACAUCAACGUGGGCGCAGACGAAAUUAAGAGCGACAUCAAGGCGGCGUGGUGCGGCUUCCGGCCGCUGGUCAUGGACCCCCGGGGGAAGAAGAAGCUCACCCAAAAGGCAGCUGGGAAAGGCCCACAUGAAGGAGAGCAAUCCACCGCCGCCAAUGCCGCCAAUGCCGCCAAUGCCGCCAAUACCGCCAGUACCGCCAGUACCGCCCCAAAUGUGACGACGCACGAACUCUCGAGGAGCCACGAAAUUAUAGAGGACGACAAUGGGCUCAUCAGCAUUCUGGGGGGCAAGUGGACCAUCUACAGGAAGAUGGCCCAGGACACGCUGGACUACAUAGCCAAGAAGCACUGCGAUAGGGUGAGAAGCAAAUACAACUGCAGAACGAAAUUUCUGAUGCUCGUUGGCAGUCACGACGAGCAGGGCAAGCACAACGGGGAUGACCUAACCUAUGGUAGUAGCAAGUUGAGCAGAAAAUUGGUCCAAAAAUACAGCCAAAUCGAUUUCGACACCGCUCAUCAUUUAGUGUCUAACUACGGGUACCUUGCGGAGAAGGUGUGCGAGCUAGCCACGGAGCUGAACCUGUUUAACAAAAUCGAUGCAUCAAAGCCCUACAUAGAAGCGGAGGUGGUCUAUGCCAGUAGACACGAAUUCGCAGCCACAGUUUCGGACAUCAUUGGGAGGCGGUUCCGUCUGGGCUUCGUCGACUCGGCUGCGUCUGCUAAGGUCAUCACCAAAAUUGCCAACCUCAUGAAGGACGAGUUGAGUUGGAGCCGCGACCAGGUGAACAGGCACGUCGAGGACGCCAAGCGCUACGUCCGGUCGCUCUCCCUCGAGUGA